AUGCCUCAAUCGCCAUCGAUACCCAGCAUCGAGCAGGACGCAGCUGCAGACGACAACGCACGAGCCUCUACCUCGACCACUCGCACUUCCAAGUCUACAGCCUCUUCACGCCCAACUACCCUUCUGACCAAGUCGUGGACUUCGGCCACAGUUCUGCCUUCAACCACUUCCUCCCGCAUCACCGUCGGAGCCAACACCAGCACUGCUGCUGACGCCUCCUCAUCGCACUCCCAUCCCGCCUCGAUCAGCAGCUCUUCCUCCACCAGAGCAUCGACUCCCUGGCCGCAACUAUCGAUCCGUCCCUCGUCACCGCAACUCGCAGUCAGAGACCCACUCCCUCCCGAGUCAGAAUCAUUGGCCGGACCUUCUGAGACCCGUACGCUAUCUCGCACGGAUUCAGAUCGCAGUGGAUCGCAGCAAGACGUGGACCAGGCUAGCGGUCACGGCGCAUUCAACGAUGCUGCACAAGAUGAGCCGGAAGCUGUGGAAGCGGUAGGGCUCACGGCAAGCUCGAGUGUCCACGCUCUCGACCUGCUGCAUCGUGUCAAUGAUCGAGCCGCGGCGGAUAGAGCGUCCUAUACUCAGAGUCUGCGAUCUCGCUUCUCACAACUGUCCGUCGGUCGAGCUUCGACAAAGUAUCGAAGUCGGAGCAAUAGCAGGGAUGCAUCGGCCAACAGUAAUCGAGUGCUUCCACCUCAGUUUCUCCAAUCGAAGCACGUCGACGACGACGUUGAAAAGGAGUCUUCUCACCCCGCAGAAGGUGAAAUAGACCCCGAGCGACUGCAAGAGAACUCCAGCACUGUCUCGUCCCGCGACACCGAACAGUACCCGGAUCGCAAGUACUACAUCCUCUCGUCCGCCGGCAAACCCAUCUACAUCUCCCACGCCUCACUUUCACGUCGCAAGAGGCGUCGCGAGCAACGGCGGCGUCAACAAAUCGCCAUCUCCGCCGACGCUGAUCCUUCAACCCUAGACUCGGCGGCCGACAAGGACACCGCCAACGAAAGCGAUGAAGAGGACGAACGCAGCACUACCCAGGUCGGGGUCAUGCAGGCACUCAUCUCCAUCUUUGCGGACGAAGACUCGGAUAAGCUGCGGUUCAUCCGCCAAGGCGACCUGCUCAUCACCUUUUUGCUGCGUGCACCACUCUACCUGGUAUGUGUUUCGAGUUGGGACGAAGAACCGUCGACGCUGCGCCAGCAUCUCGAGUAUCUGUAUCUACAGGUCAUCAGUCUGGUCUCGGCGAGCCAGCUGAGCAGGCUGUUUUCGCGCAUGCCCAACUUUGACCUGCGCAGGCUGUUGGAGGGCACCGAGGGGAUCUUUGACUACUUGGUCGAUCAGCUUAACGCCAACGAGACAGAGGAUGAGGUGGGAGCGCAGGCUGGAAAAGGGGCGGUGACGGAUUGGGCGUCGUGCCACCAGUGGUGGCUGCAGGCCUUGCAGCCGAUCCGCAUUACGGUGCCCAACUUGCGGGAUCAGUUGACGGCAGCGUUGCAGCCGCCUACGGCAGAGACGGGAUCAGCGAUGCAGCCUCAUCGACCGAAGGACUUGCUGUAUGUGCUGCUGAUUGCAAAUGGCCGAAUUGUGACGCUGCUUCGCCCGCGAAAGCAUUCCGUGCAUCCGAUCGAUUUGUUGCUGUUGACCAACACGGUCAUGGGCAGUCGCUCGAUCAAGAGGUCAGGCGGGUCGGAGGAGGCAGAGAUCUGGUUGCCGUUCAGCAUGCCCAAGUUUGCUCCGCAAGGGUUUGUUCAUGCCUAUGUCAAGUUUUUGGAUCCGGAGAGUUGGAUUGCUGGCAACGAGGCGGUGGGAAGUUCAACGCAGGAGGGGAAGAUGAGUUCGUCCGAGCUGGCGGUGAUCGUGGUUACCGGCGACAAGGAUGCGUUUCCCACCGUCUCGGCGUGGAUCUCGUCGCUCGUCGCACGUCCAUCUGCGACGGAGGCUGACGUCUCGGACGCCGCCUCAAUCAAAUCUACCUCGUCCAAGAGCAAGAGAACAACAUCCAAAGUCAGAUCCACAUCGAAAUCGCUCAAACCGCCGUCCGAGCCAGCGCCGCCGUCGCUGGCGUGGAUGACGACCUUCCAACGCCACAUCUUGACGCUCUGUCGACACCUCUCGGACCCGGUCAACGUCGAACAGGGCUCUCCGCGCGUGUCGGCCUACACGUGUGCUGAGCUCGCCCUGGCUGGACUCCGCCAUUUCGUCUACCGCAGUAACAGCACCAUCCAGCUCACUUCCCCUACCCUGCCCGAUCCGUACAGCGUCGAACCCACCGCGCGCAAACGCCUGUUCACCCUGUACGCACUCGUGCACCACUGCAUCCACCACCCCGUACCCGCUUCCUCUUCUGCCGGGGGAGGAGGAGGAGCAGGGGGAGAUGCGGCUUCGAACGCGUCCACGCCCGCGGCUGCGACGGCGACGGCGACUGCGUCGAUGCUGGAUACCGCAUUUGGCUUUGCGUCGCCGAGUGGCAGACGGCCGCUCUUGGAUGCGGAUCGAAGGGUCAAGAUGCAGCUGGUCAAGACGGAGCAUGAACAGGUUCUGGGCUGGAUCACCAGCCCGUUUGAGCUGUACCUGUGCGUCAAUGCUCAGCUGUCCAAGAGCGCUAUUGUGGCGAUUGCGAAUGGGUUGACAAAGUGGAUUAAGGCCAACGAAAGGGAUCUGUUUCUCGUCAACGCUGGAAGUUUCUGA